CACUUGCUUUGAAGCCGGGCCUGAGACGCCACUCGCCGUCGGGAAGGCGGGGGAACCCCUCCUCAGGAUUCCCCACCUCGGCACACUCCUCCCUUUUGAAGCUGCCCUCACCUUCUUCCGGAGGAGCCGAAGAGAAGGAGGUUGCAGAGCACUGGAGGCGGGAGAACGAGAGACUGACCUGGAGUGACAUCUCCUGAGAUUGGCCCCCCCAACCCCCGGUUAACAGGCUAGUAGCCCCCCUGCACCGGAGGCCCCGACAGCGGCUUCGGGCUUAGGGUGUAUUUCUCCCAACAGUGUUGGCAGAGUCUCUGGGACUCCGACCAGCAGGACGACCCGGGCCCCGGGUCCCCUGGCCUACAUCCCUGCAACCCCUGCUCUUACUUCCAGGAUGCUGAAAGCCUCCCUCAUUCAGCCCCACCUCCAGCCUCAGCCCCUCUGCUCUGGCCCCAAUGAUGGGGCUCUCCAUUCUUGGGACUUCGGGGCCCCUGCAGAGGGCUACGGGCCCUUGGCUCAGGAAGAUGGGGCCCGUGCAGACUGCCCCAGGGCCCCGGCUCUUGGGGACCCGAAGGGAGAGGAAGGGUGGGGACUCCAGGAUAGAGACAAGAUCCAGCUGGAGUCCGGCAGCGCCAAUGGAGGCCCGUCCCCGCCUCCACCCCCACCCUGGGGCCUUCCCGCAGCCGACGGCAGGAACGCACCCGUGAGAGACCCUGACCAGGACUGGAGAAUGGUGAAGAUACAGCAGGUCAUGAUUUCCAACCCCAGCCCCACCCUGAAACCAAAUCUGUCCCGGAGUGCCAGCUUCACCGAGAGAGAUCUGAAGGAGGCCAAAGCCCAGAGUCAAAGGAUCGCCGCCCAGCUGACCACCCCGCCCAGCUCCAAUUCCCGAGGGGUCCUGCUUUUUAACAGGCGCAGGCAGAGGGUGAACGAGUUUACCUUUGAAAGCCACGGGAGGAGGGAGCAAGCCCCCGCACCCAGGGUCGGCCCAGGGGCCCCUCCCCUGAAGAGCUUGGGCAAUGCCCCAGCGCUCCAACUGAGACCAGGAUUGCAGAGCCAUUCAGAGCUCAAAGACUCACUCGUCUCCCAAGGUCCAGGGGUCAAGGGGCAAGGGGGCAGCAUGGAGGAGUUUAGAGAAAACCCGGGAGCCCUUCGAAAGGCGGACGAGCGGAGAAUGGAGGACAACUCGACCCACGGAAACCUGGAACGGUCCUCCAGCGAAGAGGCCGAUGAGAUCCCCUUAGUGGUGUAUUUAAAAGAAAACGCAGCCUUGCUGACAGCCAACGGGCUGCACCUGACUCAAUCUAAACAGCUUCAGGACGAUCCUCCACCUGCCGACGCCAAGAUGAAUUCUCCAACCACGGCUUUGGAUCAGAGUUCACCCGUUGUCAACUCUAACACCACUGACAUCAAUCGGAACCCACUGGCGACCGACAACAAUCGGAACGUGGCAGGGCCCGACAGUCAGACUCCACCUGUGGCCAACCUACCGUCGAACGCCCCGCUGGCCGACGCCCACCCCAGCGCCCUGGUCGUCGACAUAAAGCCCCACGCUCCGGUCACCGAAAUCAAGUCCAACGCUCCCGGAUCCGACCUAAAACCCAACACGUUGGUUAUUGACGUAAAGCCAUCCGCCAUCGACGUGAAGCUCAGCGCCCCCAUUCUUGACCACGGAUGCAACGCCCCGGCCUCUGACAUCAGAUCAAACUCCCUGAUCAUAGAUGUCAAAUCCAUUGCCCUGGUGGACAGAGAGCAGACUGGACCCACCACCAACGAAGUGCCCCACAAACAGUAUAGCGAAGUCCACCUCACCCUGUCUAAACCUCAGUCCGUGGUGAAUAGGACGGCGAGGCCGUUUGGGGCUCAGUCUCAAGCAGACAUUACCCAGCUGGAGCGGAGUCCCAGGUUGGAGAGACGCACCGUGGUAGAGAGAAGCCCCAUGGUGGAGAGACACACGGUGGUGGAGAGACACACGGUGGUGGAGAAAAGUCCGGUAGUGGAGAGACAUUCUGUAGUGAUGGCAGCGAGCACUCCCAUGGGGGAGAGGACGGCCGUGAGGGAGACGAGACCCACGUCAGCGAGGGGCUCGGUGGUGGAGAAACGCCCCGGAGAGGACUUUACUCCACCGCCCACCUACGCAGAGACCUUGUCCAGCCCUCCUCCUGUCUCCAGAGUCAGGUCUCCUCCCUCAUACUCGGCCCUCUACCCCAGCGCCGAGCACAGGGCUCCCGUUCUCAAAGGACUGACCUACGGCGAGAGUGGCCCCGUCCCGGCCGGCAAAACCGGGAUCCUGGAGGAGGCCAUGGCCCGCCGGGGGAACCGGAAGUCCAUGUUCACCUUUGUGGAGAAGCCCAAGGUGACGCCGAACCCCGACCUUUUGGAUCUGGUUCAGACCGCCGACGAGAAGCGCAAACAGAGGGAGCAGGGAGAGGCGGGCCCCGACGAGGAGCCCUUUGAGCUCGGGGCCGAAGCGUCCAACUUCCAAAAUGAGGCUCUGCCUAGGGAGAGGGCCAGCCCCUCCUCCGAGGACACCCUCCCAGAGUGGUCCUCGUGCCUCAAGUCCCCCAGCAUCCGGGCUAGGCCCCAGCUGAAGCCGAACCAAAAUCUGACCGAGGCGAGCGGGAAAGGGGCCGAGCUCUAUGCCCGGCGCCAGUCCAGGAUGGAGAAGUACGUCAUCGAGGCCCCCGGGCAGGCCGACCCGGCCCGCUGCCCCUCACCCACCAUGUCCCUGCCUCCCUCCUGGAAGUAUUCCACCAACAUUCCCGGGUUCCCACCGGGGUUCCCGGGAAGCUUCCGGAUCCCCGCCCGGAGCCCGGCCAGGACGCCCCCGGCAUCACUGUACCAAGGCUACAUGCCAGAAAACGGAACCUCCCGCCGCGAGGCGGAGCCCCCCAAGCAGCAGCCGUCGUACCAACUGCAGCCCUCGCUCUUCGUCCUCUCCCCAUCCCGAGAGCCCUCGAAGGUCCGGCCGAGAGCGGCCUCCCCGUGCAAGCCGGGCUCUCUCAACCUCGACGCCACCGGGGGGCUGACGCCCUGCCCGGGGUCUCCCUUUCCAACUUCUCCGGCCCUCCCCAGGGCCGCCCGCUUAUCACCUGGUCCUUACGCCUCCCCGGCGGGCUCGGGGUCGUUCACCCAAGAUUGCCUGACGCCUGCGGACGGCCUGGCCUACAGCCGCGACGUGACCCCGGUGUCCCCCUCCAGGGCCUGGUCUCCUCGUGCGAAAGGGCCCGUAUCCCAAGCCCCCCGGCCGUCCUUCUCCACCAGAAACGCCGGCAUCGAGCCUCAGGAGAGAUGUGAGCCUGUGCCCGCCUCACCCACGCGGUCGCUCCGCCUCUGGCGGCCCCCCAGCAGCCUGGACGGCUGGGUCAGCCCGAGCCCCCCGGAGCGCCCACCGGUGCGACGGCACGGGUCCCCGUCCCCCAGCGAGCGGUCCCUGUCCCCUCCGCGGCCCGAGGCGGAGCCCAAGAUGGCCAGCCGGCAGCUCCAGGCCCUGCUGGCCCGCAACAUCAUCAACGCCGCCCGCCGCAAGAGCUCCUCGCCUGCGCCCUUGAGGCCCCGAGUGUCCCCACAGGGCCCCCCGGGGCUUGGCACCUGCGGGGACCCCCGGCCGGGGAGCAGCCCCUCCUCACCCCCCCGGAGCCCCAUACCGUCCCCGAGGGCCUGGGGAGAUGGCCUCCGCCGAGGCUCUGGCUCCGGGGCAUCCCGGCCAGCGGGUGGUGGCCGCUUCUCGCCCAUCUGCAAGAGCCCUCUGCCAUCCCCCGCAGCCCCCCGAGGUGGGGAGAGCCCCCGGCCCUUCCCGCCGGCCUGCAGUCCCAGGAACCCGGCCCUCGGAAGCCCCCUGCCCUCGCCCGGCCCCGGGGCACGCGGCCCAGCCCGGGCCUACGGCAGCCGGUCCCCGACGGACUCGGACGUGUCCCUGGACUCGGAGGACUCUGGGGCCAAAUCCCCAGGGAUCCGCAGCUACAAUAUCUGCCCGCGCGGCUGGAGCGGGGCCCUGCGGCUCAAGCGGCCCAGCCUCCCCUCCCAGGCCUCCUGCACCUCCUAGGCCGGCGGGGAACCGCCGGGCUGCAGAGCCGAGAGCGGGGCCUCGUGGGCCCGGACGGCCGGUCUCAUCCCGGGCCGGCCGGUGUCCGGGCAGGCCGAUCCCCGGGCCGGCUGGUCCCUGGGACAACCAUGUCUGGGCAGGCUGGUUUGGACAGCUGUGACCUUCCAGUUCCCCCCGCACCGCCCUAUGCUGACUGCACUUCUGGGCAGCUCUGGCCUUCGGUGAGGAUGACUCCCUGGACGAAGGUGCCUCAAAUCCCUUGGGUGGGGAUCUGCCCUUCCUCCCAGCUGCCCCCUCGGGCCAGACCUUCUGACUCUACGGUCCCUUAGGCCGAGCUGCCCUGUGAAUCUCUGCCGGGGGGUGUCCUCCUGCGGCCUCCCGGCGGAUGGGGCCUGCCAUCCCCCGGGGUCACCAUCCUGAGGUCAUGGCUCUGCAGACCUGCAGGUUGCGCCCCAAUUGGAGAGCUGGGCGAGCCCAUGGAAGGAGACAAGGGCCAAAAGCUGCCCAUGGCCAGCCUCAGUCUGCCGGGCUUGACUCCUACCCCUGCCUCCCAGCCGGGCAGGAGGCCUGGCCUGGCAGAAGCACGGCUCGGUGUCGGGUGUUUUCCACACACUCGCCCCCUCCCGCCCCGAGCUCUAUUUUUACACCCUUCCCUUUUAAAGGCAGGGGAGCCGACCAGGCCCUAGCCCAACGUGCCCUGUCGGUGGGUCUCAUUGCCCCCGGCUCCUCCCCCGAGCACCCCUUCAGUCCCGGCCCCUUUCUGUUGCUGCCACCUGCGGAUUUCAUCGUCACCUUGGGCACCCGGGCGGGCUGGGCUAGCCUUCCCUGCGGGAGGAGCAGCUGGGAGAGAUGUCCCAGAGUCGCCCGAGGUGGGCAGAGAGAAGCGGUGGAGUCAGCUCGUAGGUGAGGAGGCACUUUCGCUGAGAAGGAUGGAAACUCAGCUGUUGGCGCCGCUGCCGUCACCACCGCUGAUGUGUGGGAGACGGUCUCAGCCCCACCUCUGCACCCCCCCACUCCAUCCUGCUUCUCACAUCCAUCAGCUAAAGCCCCUGAUACCCUGGAGGAAAAGGGACUUGGGGGGGGGGCAGGAAUGGGGGGACGGGGGCCACUCACCAAAGUCAUCUCUCCCCCCUCCCACCCCAUCCCCGUGAGGUCCAAGGCUCCUGCACCUCCCACUGCCCCCACUCCCAUGUGAUUGCAUACGUGCACACACACACACGUGUGCUACUGGUAGCCGCUUCCCCUGGCACCCACGCCCUCCCCCGCUCCCGCCCCUGCCCCAGGAAGGACUCCCGCUAUGCACUGAGCCACGCAGGGCCCAGGGCCCAUCACCCCACCUAGACGGAGAGCGAGGCUCCUGUCCCGCCGCUGCCUCUGAAGUUUUUCGCGUCUGUGACCUUGGUUAAUCCGGCUCAUGAGAGUGGCAGGGAAGUCCAAAGGACACCAAGUGGGCUGAAAACUAGCCCGAGCCCAUGGCGCCCCCUGGAGGUCCAGCCUGGCCACGGGGGACGGGGGUAGUCACGGAUACAGGACUGAGCAGCAGUGACCCGAGCCCAUGCUUUAAUCCCUGGAGGGGAAAGGUGCCCGAAAGGAGAGGUUUGAAAAGAUGCGAUCCCAACCUACUGGGAUCACUGGACUGCAAGUGGACAGGAGGAGGUCGGGAAUGUAGCUAACAGUGAGAGCGAGGGGCUGACAGGGGUAAGAAUUUGGGGGCUGUCUCUGGGCCUCAGCCUGGAAGGACAGUGGCCUCAGAGAGAGGUCUCUGAGGGAUGUAGCCUGGGGGACCUGGAGAGGAGGGAGGGAAGGCCAAGGCAGACAGACAGGUGGGAAUGAAGGAAAGAAGGAAGGAAGGCCUGACCUAACAGCCCAGAGGAGGGAAUCGUGGCCUCCUUUGGAUGUUAGGGUGGCAUCAAAUGGGACAGAGGGGAUAGAGGGAGAGCUAGCAGCCUGGAAACCCUGUAGGGAAGGCGGACCUGCCAGAGGUGGGCAAAGAAAUUAAGGAAGCUAGGGCCGGCAGGUUGAAGGUGAAGAGGGCAUGGGAUAGAGGAGGAGCUAUUUGGAUCUUCUUAAAUGGUGGAAGUUUGAAUUAAAAGGGCGAGCACCCCACCCCCAGUCACCCCAAGUCCCCUGAGGAGAGGUCAGGGCAGAGCAGAGCGGCGAGGGGCGUGGGAAGCUAUGCUUUUCUCCCAGCUGCUCUACCCUCCCUGCAGGGUCUUCCUGGGGAGGAGGGAGCUCUGCUGCAGGAGUCCAGAGAGGUCUAGAGGCUGAGGUGUCACGAUCUCCAGGGCUCGGAUCAGUUGGACCCGACUGUCUUCUGUGGCUUAGAACUAAGGAAUACGCUGCCCGUCCACAGUUCCCACGGUAGUCCUGGUCUCCAAACCCUGGCUCUCUGCUGUGUCCUCCAGAGAACUGGACUCUCCCUCCUGGGGUCUUCUCCCCUUCCUCAAGCCUUUGCCGCUCGAGGAAGAGUUUCCCAGGGGCUCCUGCCCUGAGUUUUGCUGCAACGUUGUACCCCAAGCGCCUCAAUAAAACUCAGCUUUAUCCAUG